AUUACCUUAGACCAACUUUCUACUAAAUUACAAGACUAGAAGCGAGGGCUAAUGAAGUGAUUUAAUUUAACGGCUACCCCCAAAACCCCCGGUGUCAGUGCUGCGCCGCCUUAAGCCGACGUUCUCCGGCGACUUGUCUAGUGCUGCCGCCGAGUUUGAUGCUUCCAUCGUUGAGUGUUUGCGUUGUUCUCUCUACUGCUCUUGUUUAAUUCAGCAACUAAAGUUCCUGCAAUUUCAAUUAUUCUACAGCAAGGGCUCUCCUCCAUUGCCACCUGGUUCCACUGCCACCUAGUUCCUCCCUUUUGCUGCUUGUUCCUCCUUCCUCCAACGUGCUGCUCCACUGCCGCUGCUACUCUACCACCCCUGCUGCUCCACCGCUGCUGCACCACCACCUCUGCACUACCACUUGCCUCGCUCCUCCACCCCCCUACACCACCACAUUCCUCCUCCACCUCCUCCUAGGUACUCUUCAAACAUGGCCCGAUAUGAUGUGAUUGUGGAGGCGGAAACCGAUGAGGAGUAUGAUGAUGAUGAUGUGUCGGAUGAUGAUGAAGAGUACGAUGAGGAGAAGGAGGAGGAUAAAAGUGAUUCGGAAGAUGUGGCGCCUGAUGAGGAAGCGAACAUGUUUAGUAAGUUGAUGCACCUAGCAGAGCUUGCUCCUUCCUUUGACAACAAUGCUAGGGAAGAUUAUCCUACGAUGUCCUCAAUUGUUCCACACACAAAUCCAAGGAAAGAAGUUAAGACUAUAACCGAAGCAACAAGCAAGGUUGCAACAAAGAAGCGGAAAGGAAGGGGUCCAACCAAGGGAUUGAGAGUCACCACCCCUAUGACCCUCGAGUAUGAUGAUAUGGGUCAACCUUGUGGUAAAUGGCGUGCAAAGUAUGGGCAGCAUAUUGGGCUUUGUAUGCGCAAACUCAACAUUUUAACCAAAUGGAAGGAAGUGCCUGAAGGAAUGAAGAAAGCAUUAUGGGAAGAUACUUGUGAUAUAUUCCACAUUACUCCGGAUGAGAAUAAAAAAGCAUUGUUUUUAUCCGCGGUAGCCGAAAGAUUUAGAGCUUUCAAAAGCAAAUUAGUGAGUGGGUGGAUCACAAACACGCGGAAGAGAACUGGAAAGAAGAGGACAACUAAAAAAGCAAAGCAAAAUGACAAAGUUAAUGAUGGAAAUGUGGGAGAGACGGUUAAGGAGCCCGAACCGGAGAAACAAAAGGAAGGGGAAGAGAAAGAGGUACCACAACCAGCGUCCUUGCCUUAUCAGAUAUGGUCCCAUAUUAAGCCAGAAGACUGGGAGGCAUUUGUUGCCGAAAAUACGACGCCGGAGGCUGUGGCUAAGCGUGAGAAACAUGUACAAAGUUCAAGACAGAAGAAGCAUUACCAUCAUAUGGGUUCCUUGACUUAUGAGAGGGCAAGAGAGAAAUGGAUUAAUGAGGAUUUUUACCCAACUAUUGACUUAUCAGUAGCGCCAUCUUCUAGCUCCAAGGCCGCAUCGGUCAAAGUCGAUCGUGUCUCUGAUUGGUGGUGCUCCAUGCAUGGGCGUGAUGAGAACAAUAAAAUGACAAUUUCAGAUCCGGGGACUUUGAAAAUAGCUAAUGACAUAAUGGGGCUCAAACAAAAAGAAGUUAGCGGCGAUUUCACUCCCAAAGGCAACAAGGAUGCCAUAUACGAGACAUUGGGAAAGGACCACAAUGGACGUUUGAGGGGUGUUGGUGGUCUUCGUCUUGGCGUGACGAAAGUCUAUGGUAAAGAGUGCUCCAUGGGUAUACAAUCGCGCUCAAAUAUUUCCUUACCACAUGAUUUGGAAGCUAUUACACAAGCUAUACGAGAGAAGCUUACGGAGGAAAUCGCGGAGAAAGUCACACAGAAUGUCACGAAAAGUUUAAAUGUCGUCCUCUCACAAUUUGGUUUGUCGGAGAUACACCAACCUAAAUUGGAUCGUCCUCUAAAGGACAAAACUAGCGAACAUAACACACACAAGUCGGCACCAUUUAUACUUGUGUUAGAGGAAGAAACACCUUGCCAGCUUUUACUAGAUGUCAAAGGUGACGGUUUGAUUGUGGUAGCUGAAGGCCACGCACAACCACAGAGUGACCGAACGACAGUGCAUCACGAGUAUGUGGACAGUGAGCACUUCGGGGUUAGUGUAGACACCAUCACGCCUGGUUACGAAGACUUUGCUUUACCGGUGCCUAAACCGACAUACGAGAUACAUGUCUUGACGGACGCUCGUGGUGGUUAUGUGUUGUGGCCAUCUGCCUGGGUGAAGUUUUCAGACGAGGUUUUGGAGAGAAUUAAAAAGCCUAAGGAAAGCAAGGCGGACUCGCCUCCUCAACAAAAGGCGGGCUCGCCUCCUCAACAAAACGCGGACUCGCCUCCUCAACAAAAGGCGGACUCGCCUCCUCAACAAAAGGCGGACUCGCCUCCUCAACAAAACGCGGACUCGCCUCCUCAACAAAAGGCGACAACCAUUUCAUCAAGCCCCCCAAAGAAGGCCAUCUCUGUUGAAGAAUUGCAAGCUUCCAAAGGAUUAAGUCUGCAAGAAAACAAAUCUAAAGAAAACACAUCUAAAGAUACUUGGAUUGAGAAAUCAAUGCUGAAGUAUCUCACUAAAGCUUGCUUAUGGUUAUAUGUAAAUGUGUGUGAUAUGCCGGAUGAUAAACCUAUGGAGGUGAAGUUGGGCUCCACACAAUUCAACUACCUUGAGGAUGCAUCGACAUGGGUUUCCAAAGCUGAUAUCAAGGAGUUCCUUUGUGGAGAGAUGUUGAAUGUCUCCUUGAUUCAAGUUUUCAUGAGGAUGCUCCAAGUUGAUCUUUGCGGACGUGAUUGCAUACCAAAGCAACAUGGGUGGUUAUGUCCAAGUUUGAUCCGAGCUGACAACUGUUUGGUUAACACAGCUCAGGUGAAGGAGUAUAUUUCGAAAGCUGUCAAAGAAUCUCGUGGUGCAAAAGAGAAGUUCAUACUUGCCCCUUGUUUUGAAAAUCUCCAUUGGUCACUCCUUGUGAUUUGUUAUUCAAACUACACAAUAUAUCAGUUUGAUUCUGCAGCUCAAAAUCCACCACGACCGUUACUCCUCAAAUCAUGCUUAAAUAGUGCGUUGAAGAAAUUGAAGAGGAAAGGAACACAUCCUCGGUGGAAAGCAAUGAAGUGUGUGCAACAAACGGGGGGAACCGAGUGUGGCUACUAUGUGUUAAGGCUCAUGCUCGAUAUAACCUCAAGUUGCAAGGAAGUCGGGGAUCUUGAAAAGGUAUUCCUCGAUAACAAACCAAGAGAGGGUUCUUUCACCACUGAUGAGAUCAACGAGGUUCGGGAUUUGGUAGCAUGCUACCUUACCGAUGUUUGUAUGUGAAGAUGCGGCGGCUUUGCGUUUAUUUACUCUCAUUAAGUUACUAGCUAGCUAUCGGUACAAUUGAUGUUUUAGUUCUUAUUCCAACUUAAUGUAUAGUACAUUUUCAAAGUUAUUAUUAUUAUAUAUAUUAAUCAUUUUGGCUUGUA